AUGAUACUGGACUUGGCGUCGGCCCUCGACUUUCCGUUGGUUCAUUUUUCGCCACGACGCAAGUGCGACCUCAAGGAGGUCAGCUGCGACGUCGACGCCUCUUCCACGUCUUCUGCUUCUUCUUCUUCUUCUUCUCCGACGUCUUCUGCUCCGAAGAAGACGUCGACCGCGAUGAACAGCACCUGCUACAGCACCACUUCCAGUGCCAGCAGUACUAGUUCCGGCGGAUCUUCGACGACGUCAUCCGCCUCGACGUCUUCUUCUUCCAGAAGAUCCAUCGGAACUUUUGCUGCUGCCGCCUUCUUCUCUACGGCCGCCACUUGCCUUGGAGGCAGGAAGAAUCGUGAGAAUUCUGAAACCGUCGUUGCUGUCGUCUCUGCCAAGGAUCUGAGAUACGAAGACGCUUCUCUGCCCUCGACCAGUAAAGGUUUUUUUUUUCGAAGUUUUGACCAAACCAGUUCCAAAUGCGUUGGGUUGUUAAUGGAAAAACAUUUUUUCAAGGAGUGUAUUUUUACUUUGGGAGUUUCAUGGAAAAUCAAAGCAAUGGUUUCUGAGAGGGCUCAAACUCUGAUUUUCACAGAGGAGGAUCUCUAAAAAUUGUCGAUGGUUUUCUCUGAAUUUACUUUGAAUUUCCUUAAAACUUGAAAGCCGAUUUUUGUUUCCAGACUUUCAGGGUCCUUACCUCGGGAUAUUUUAGCUAACAUCCAAGAAAUUCCCAUGUAAAAUUACCUCCCUUUUCAGCUUUUUCUUUUCCACUUUCUGACUUUAAAAAAUGUUCAGCUGGUUCUCCAUCCGAAGAGAAGUCCUUGGACACGGCUCAGUCGUGGUCCCAAGCGAUUCAGGCGGCCCUGAUGCCGGUCACGCCGCAAAGCAGCACCGGUGGAGCCAAACGGGAUAUGGCCAAGCUCAAAGUGCCGACUGAAGGUGAGGAACUCAACAGUUUUCACCAAGAACGUAAAUGAUCUGACACGAGUUUCGCUUUUUUGAAAGACUUCAACCUCUUCAUGAGUCCGUUGCGGAUAAAUUUGGCUCAUUCAAAACCUUGAGUUUGCCAUAUGCUUUUUACGGUAUUGCUCUUCAAAUUCAGCAUACUCACAAAAACAAAAAUUGAAGAAUACUUUCUAAACUUCUUUUCUUUCAGGAGAAAAAGGCCAUCUUGGGUCGACGAUCCAGAGCGAACAGGAAUUCUCGCAGCUGUAUCAGAUCUUUGCGGAAGAGGUUUUGGAACUUGGAGUGGGAGCAGUCUUUUUCAACUGAAUUUUCUGUAGAUCUUGGGUUCGGGACAGUUUGGAACUGUCUACGGGGGCAUCCACAGGAAAACGAGCAAACACGUCGCCGUCAAACUGAUCGACAAGUUGAAGUUCCCUCCAAGUAAAGAAGACCUGCUCAGGACUGAAGUCCAUAUCCUGCAGGUGAAUCCUAGAGGAAACAUUUUGGAAAUGAGGGGAACCGAAGAAAAUAAUGGAAGUUUUAUCAUGUCUCAUAGGAAAACUAGGAGACGGAAGUUUAUAGGUACGGAAAAUUCUAUAUGAGUACCCGAUAAAUCAUUGCUAUCGUUUUUCACAACUUUUGUUCGAAAAACAAACUUUUUCCAUUCAGAAAGUUCAUCAUCCUGGUGUCGUCAACUUCCUUCAGAUGCUCGAAACUCCGGACAGGAUUUUCGUCGUCAUGGAGAAGCUCAAGGUGACUUUGAAGCUUUUUCAGGCUUUUGAAAGCCUAGUUGUUGCGGCUAACUCGAAAAUAUGUAGAGGAAAUUGGAGAUUUUAGUCAAGAUCAGUUCUAGAUUCUCUAUAAUCGCAAAAAUAAAAGGGAUUGAUUUUUCUGAGUCUGUUUUAUGUUUUAGUAUGCAUAAUGACAAUAAAUCUUUUGAAGUGUUUUUUAAGGACGUAAUUUUUGGCCCCGCUCAAAAAUAGCUCCAGCUUCGUUUAGAAAAAGUUCAAAAAUUUCCAGGGCGACAUGCUCGAGAUGAUUCUUUCGAGUGAGAAGGGACGCUUGAGCGAACGGAUUACUCAGUUCUUGGUUGCACAGGUACCUUCUAUUCAUUUUCAAGAUUUUAAACAAUUUUUCUCAAUUUCAGAUCCUAGUUGCUCUGAGAUAUCUGCACAAUUUAAAUAUUGUUCAUUGUGAUCUGAAGCCGGAGAAUAUUCUUCUGACGUCGAAUAGUGAUUAUCCACAGGUUUUCUAUCGAAAAUUCCAUUUUUAAUGAUAAAAAUUAUGACUACAGGUGAAACUCUGCGAUUUCGGAUUCGCAAGGAUCAUUGGUGAGAAAUCGUUCAGACGGAGUGUCGUUGGAACGCCGGCUUAUUUGGCCCCUGAGGUGGAUUUUGACAUCUUUUCAUUUAAUUCAAAGGAUAAGGUAGAAUACAAUGAGGUACAGUAAUUCUGGAAAAAAGCAAAUUUUUUUAUAUGAUCAUUUUUUGGAGAGUGAUGCCGGUUUAAUAUUCAUACUAGCUAGUAUAGGGUAUGCAAGAAAAUCGAGAGAAUCCGAAAAUUUAACGAUUCUUCCCUAGGUUCUCCGAAACAAGGGCUUCAACCGUUCGCUGGACAUGUGGAGCGUCGGCGUAAUUGUCUACGUCAGCCUUUCUGGGACCUUUCCCUUCAACGAAGACGAGGACAUCCAUGAUCAGAUCCAGAACGCCGAGUUCAUGUACCCGCCCAGUCCGUGGAAGGAGAUCUCCGAGUCGGGUCAGUUCUUCGACUCCAGGAAACAUAAUGAAAUCAUCAUUUUUUGCUCUAGUCAAAGACUUGUACUGGGUAGUAAACAAGAAUCUAUUACGCAUUGUUAGCUUCCAAUUCGAGAAGUUUACUUCAAAAUAUCUCUUUAAAGUCGAAAACGGAUGAGAUUUUAUAAGAUGAGAUUUUUUGAUCCAUAAUUCUAAAAAGUCGAUUUUUUCAGCCAUUGAGUUCAUCAACGGCCUGUUGCAAGUCAAGAUGAGCAAACGGUUCACGGUUUCCAAGGCGUUGGCCCAUUUAUGGAUGCAGGUGAGUUCAAAUAAAAUAAAAAGGAUAAAGUGCACUGAAUCGAUAAGCUUCUAGAAAGAAGAUGCAAAAAAUGAGCUUUCUUUUCCUGUUCUUUUCUUAGAUUCCUUUUUUCCUCACAACAACACGUCACAAUUUUUUGAGUGUAAUGUUUUUUCUUCUUCAGAAGUACACCCUGUGGUCGGACCUGCGGCUCUUGGAAAAAUCUGUCGGCGAGCGUUUCCUGACGCACGAAAGUGACGAUUCCCGGUGGGCCGACUACGAACGGGACAACAAUUUGACGCCGGUCUACGUUUAG